CUAAUAUUCUUCAGAAAUAGGGUGAGUUGAAGACUUUCAGAAGUAAUUUACACUGGAGUGUGUUUUUCUAUUUCACAUGUGAAGUCCUUUUCAGCUCUUGCUGAAUUUUAUUGAGUAACAUUAAUUUUCUUUCGUCCACUUUUAGCUUCAGUUCUUUCAUCUUUCAUCUGGUCUGAAGCUGUGGAUCUGUGUCUUCAUACAUCACCUCCUUUGCUUUUCCUUCUGACUUUCUCCUUUUCAUAGUUUUUUUUAAGGUUUAUUUUUAAAUUUUUGAAUUUAAUUUUAAUUUUUUAAAUAGAGGUAUUGGGGAUUGAACCCAGGACCUCAUGAAUGCUUGUGCAAGCUAAGCAUGUGCUCUGUCAUUGAGCUAUACCCACCCUGUUCCUUUUCCUAGUUUUUAGUAUUUUAUUUCCUUAUUCUUUCUUUGUACUUUUACUUUGUAAAUUAAAUUAUUUUUUUCUGUUCAAAAAAAUCAUUCCUUUAUUAGGUUACCUUCUGGUAUUUUUGUGCUUAAUUGUGGCUAAACUGCUGUCACCUUUAUAAGUUUUUACUUGAUUCUACUUACUACAAACUCGGUAUGUACUGUGCUUAUUGUCAUAUUGUGCACAGUUUCUAGUUAAAAGCUCUGUGCCCAAUAACAGCUCGUGAAUUGAUGGAGAGAACUCAGCUCUGAAAUGGAAGAGUCCCAGAUUUCCCUUUCAGCCUUGCAGCCAGCGGCCCCGCCUUGCUGUCCUCGUUCACCAUAUGUAUAUAUCUGUCAUAUAUAUGUAUGUAUUUCAGCUUGUGAGAAUCAAAUGGAGCCACAGAUUUGAAAAGUAAAAAAAUGACGUUUGAACUUGCAACAACUGACUAGUUGCUGUGAUGGUUCUAGCAACCAACUCAGGCCUUCAGUAGUGGCCGGGACUUUGUCGGCCCUUCCCAGCUGUAAAUCUGUGCUAAUGCUGACAGCAUACCCAUGGACUUGUGUAUGCCACUUCCAUCAUUUAAACAGAACAUCUGUAAGCUCAUGCUUGAUACAUGGAAUGAGUCAAUCUUUUCAAAUAUAAAAAACCGACUUCAAGAUAGUGCAAUGAAGCUGGUACAUGCUGAGAGAUUAGGAGAAGCUUUUGAUUCUCAGCUUGUCAUUGGAGUAAGAGAAUCCUAUGUUAACCUUUGUUCUAAUCCAGAGGAUAAGCUUCAAAUUUAUAGGGACAAUUUUGAGAAGGCAUACUUGGAUUCAACAGAGAGAUUUUAUAGAACACAGGCACCCUCAUAUUUACAACAAAAUGGUGUACAGAAUUAUAUGAAAUAUGCAGAUGCUAAAUUAAAAGAAGAAGAAAAACGAGCACUACGUUAUUUAGAAACAAGACGAGAAUGUAACUCGGUUGAAGCGCUCAUGGAAUGCUGUGUAAAUGCUCUGGUGACAUCCUUUAAAGAGACUAUCUUAGCAGAGUGCCAAGGCAUGAUCAAGCGAAACGAAACUGAAAAACUACAUUUAAUGUUCUCACUGAUGGACAAAGUUCCUAAUGGGAUAGAGCCAAUGCUGAAGGACCUGGAGGAACACAUCAUUAGCGCGGGCCUGGCAGACAUGGUAGCAGCUGCUGAAACCAUUACUACUGACUCUGAGAAAUAUGUUGAGCAAUUACUUACACUAUUUAAUAGAUUUAGUAAACUCGUCAAAGAAGCUUUUCAAGAUGAUCCACGAUUUCUUACUGCAAGAGACAAGGCAUAUAAAGCAGUUGUUAAUGAUGCUACCAUAUUUAAACUUGAAUUACCUUUGAAGCAGAAAGGGGUGGGAUUAAAAACUCAGCCUGAGUCAAAAUGCCCUGAGCUGCUUGCCAAUUACUGUGACAUGUUGCUAAGAAAAACACCAUUAAGCAAAAAACUAACCUCUGAAGAGAUUGAAGCAAAGCUUAAAGAAGUGCUCUUGGUCCUUAAGUACGUACAAAACAAAGACGUUUUUAUGAGAUAUCACAAAGCGCAUUUGACACGACGUCUUAUAUUAGACAUCUCUGCUGAUAGUGAAAUUGAAGAGAAUAUGGUAGAGUGGCUAAGAGAAGUUGGUAUGCCAGCAGAUUAUGUAAACAAGCUUGCUAGAAUGUUUCAGGACAUAAAAGUAUCUGAAGAUUUAAACCAAGCUUUUAAGGAAAUGCACAAAAAUAAUAAGUUGGCUUUACCAGCUGAUUCAGUUAAUAUAAAAAUUCUGAAUGCUGGUGCUUGGUCAAGAAGCUCUGAAAAAGUCUUUGUCUCACUUCCUACUGAACUGGAGGAUUUGAUACCUGAAGUAGAAGAAUUCUACAAAAAAAAUCAUAGUGGUAGAAAAUUACAUUGGCAUCACCUCAUGUCAAAUGGAAUUAUCACGUUUAAGAAUGAAGUAGGUCAAUAUGAUUUGGAGGUAACGACGUUUCAGUUGGCUGUAUUGUUUGCAUGGAACCAAAGACCCAGAGAGAAAAUCAGCUUUGAAAACCUAAAACUUGCAACUGAACUCCCUGAUGCUGAGCUUAGAAGGACUUUAUGGUCUUUAGUAGCUUUCCCAAAGCUCAAACGGCAAGUUCUGUUGUAUGAACCUCAAGUCAACUCACCCAAAGACUUUACAGAGGGUACCCUCUUCUCAGUGAACCAGGAGUUCAGUUUAAUAAAAAAUGCAAAAGUUCAGAAAAGGGGCAAAAUCAACUUGAUUGGACGCUUGCAGCUCACUACAGAAAGGAUGAGAGAAGAAGAGAAUGAAGGAAUAGUUCAGCUAAGAAUACUGAGAACCCAGGAAGCUAUCAUACAAAUAAUGAAGAUGAGAAAGAAAAUUAGUAAUGCUCAGCUGCAGACUGAAUUAGUAGAAAUUCUGAAAAACAUGUUUUUGCCACAAAAGAAAAUGAUAAAAGAGCAAAUAGAGUGGCUAAUAGAGCACAAAUACAUCAGAAGAGAUGAAUCUGAUAUCAACACUUUCAUAUACAUGGCGUAAUUUUGAAUAUCAUGGACAAUACUAAGAACCCAAAUUGUGGAGUGCUUGGGCAGAAAGUUGUUACAGUUUGUGCUAGAGGAAGGUUUAUUUGGACUUUGAUUACAUAAAUAUUAAAAUCUCUGCCUUACCUAACAAAACAACUAUAUUUUGCCAAUCACGUUAGUUAGCAUGGUGGCAUUCCCUUCAUGUUGCACACUCUUUAACAGCAUGCUGUUUUGUGGAGAAACUUGCAUUCAUGAAGAGCCCAUUAUGAACUUUUAAAAAUAAAUCCAAUUUAUACCCACCAGAAGAAAUACAAUGGGAAGGGUAACAGUGGGGUUCUUGUUGCUUGUUUUUUUCUUUUCUUUUUUUUCCCUCUCUUAGAAAAAUGUACUUGCACAAGGAAGGAUCUUCAGAUGUUCGUGCACUGAAAAAUGCUGUUAUGUUUUGUUUUAACAAUGCAAUUAAAACUAGAAAUAGCAUUCUUCGUUUCUUUUGAUCAAAAGAGUGAGCUGGUCAACACAACAUUGGGACAGGGCAGAUGUAGGGAAAAGACAAGUAUUUAAUAGUGUCAGAUUACUUGUUCAAACACUGCUUCAGUAUAGUAACUGGAUUUUAAUGGUGACUUUAAAAUGGUAUUAAAUUUUUCCAACUUAAAAAUGUUGGCUUUCUUUAAGCAGGAGACUACUGUGUUUAGUUGUUUCUUGUUAAAUGAUAAGGAAAUUUUGAAUUUUUUUUUUAUCUUAAAUGGAUGGAAAACUUGUUUGGGAUAAGUGAGGAUUAUAUUAGUUAUUUCGGUUGUUAAAAUGUAUGGAAAUAGGUCAUUUCGACCGCAGAAUCAAAACAGCAAAACAAGCAUCUUAAGUGUUUGCUAAGACACUUAAUAUUUAUAUACCUAAUAUUUAUUAUGCCACAUUCAAAUUUAUUAAAAACAAGACAAAUCUCCUGCUCUAAUAUAAUGCUGUUUUGUAACUGACCUCUUAACCUGUAGCAUAGACAUAUUUUGAAAUUUUAAAGUGAAAUUGAUUCAUGAUUAUGGAUUUAUAACAGUUUUAUGGAAAGUAAGACAUUCUGUUUUAAAAAGUAAUUAUCAAGUCACCUAGGAGGAAGAGGAAAACCACAACAUAAGAUCUGAAAAACAUAAGCAAAAUUGUUGCAAUCUUAAUAUGAACAGUAAACUUGCCAAAUAUAUGUACAUACAUAUUUAUAUAUUUUAAUAAUAAACAUUUUCAAAAUAGUCUGAAGGCAACACUUACCUUGUUCCUUUUAGUCAAUCCAAAGUGGCAACUUAUUAGUUGCUGGCAACUGAAUACCCAAAAUAGUGGAGGUUUUAGGACUUGAGGACAUGAACAACUUAAAAGAGAAAAAUUUAUUCCCCAUUGGGAAAGAAUGGCUGAACAUGGAUUUUAUUCAUUGUGGGGCACAUUUCAGAUUUUCUUGCAAAUUGUUUGCUAUUUUGUUUAGUAUUAGUAAUAAUAUUGUAAGUGAAUUUGAUGACAGUAGGAAACAGAAUGCUGGAGCAUCGAAAGGCAUACAGUAUUACUGCAGAGUGCUUGCAAGAGCACUUCAUGGCAGCUGUCCCCAUUCCCAAGAGGUUUUGUGAGCUGCCCGCUGAAAGGAAGGAAAGCAAAUUUAAAACAUUUAAGGUUUUGCUGUAUAGUCAAAUACCUAUUCUGAAACUCAUAGGAAAUUGGAAUUUUGUUUCUAAUUUAAAAUCUUAUACUUGAGCUCUGAGGUAGCAUAUGUCAAUUAUUAAACUAAGCAUAUUGUGAAGAAUUCAACUAAAUUAGUGCUCACUGUUUCCUCUAGAUGACUGUUAACAAUGGAUAAAAUUGAAAUUUUAAAAAAUGAUGAUUUGGUAAUAAUUGUUUCCCGUAUGUUUAAAAAAUAGUUAGAUAUUAGCAUAUUUGCUUAUCCAGGAAUGCCAAAGGAGGGAGAAAUGGAAGGAAAAAUUACAGGCCAUUUCUUAAAAGUUUAAGAUUUUUUUGUUGUAUUAAACCAGAAUUGUCCUCAGAACUUUUUUGGAAUUUCUAAUCUUUUUAGUCAUUUAAUUUAAGAAUGAGAGCCAUGAUGUUUUGAUUUAUAAAGGCAAAUUUAAUGCAAAAGUGGGUAACUCUAAAUCCAUAGUGAAGUUUUCUAUUAAAUUUUAUAAAUUUUUUAAUAGCUAAUUAUGUCCUAAUUGUAUUUUGGAGAAUAGAACAGCAGCAAAUAUUGUAGACUUACAGUUUUCAUCAUUGUUUUCGUUAUGCAUACAAAAAUUUGACUACUUUUUGGUGUUUAUGAAAACCAUUUAGUUGACAAGGUGCCUAUACCAUUGUUGAAUUUUCUUUAAGUAUAUUUUGACAGUAGAUUUGUUAAUUAAAAAAAAAAAAGAAUCUGAAAAAAAAAAAAAAACCCUACCAGCAAUUUGCUAAAGGUACAAAAUCACAGUUAGUAGCCUUUAUUAUUGAGUCCCCUUCCUGGUAAUGUGCACUUAAAAUUAGUGCUUAUGAGCAGGGAUGAAACCUGACAUAGUUAAGGGGAAAAAUAUAUAGAUAUAUACAUAUAUGUAUAUAUUUUUUUCAUGAGGAGUAUGGCAAUAGGACCCUUGAGGUUAAUUUAAGCUUCGAGCAUUCAUCUUCUGAUAUAAAGAUGGAGCCAUCUGGAGAAUGUUAACCUUUGUUGCCGUCUCAUUGCCAGAGUAAGUAAACAUGAAAUAAAGUAAAAAUAUAGAACAAUUUUAAUGGUUACAAUGAGUUAAAUAUUUAGAAUAUUACCGUUCCAAUGAUAUAAUGAGGAUCAUGAAAUAAAUUCUGAAGUCUUCCAAUUUUUACAUUUAUUGGAGGGGUCCCUGCAUUCUGUCAAACUUUAUUUAAGUGUCUUACUCUUCUUUUGUGCAUAAAUAUUAAAAUUUCCAAAAGUGAGAUAUUAGCUUUCUUGUUUUUAUCUUUUAUUAAAUUUAAUGCAAAAUAUGACCAGAGUAGUUAAAAAGUAUUUUGCAUUAUUUGCAGUAAGUUGUCAUUGGCCCUGCUCAAAGGGCAAAUUUUAAAACUUCAAUUUGGGUGAAAGAUUUGCAAGUUUUCCAGAAAGAUUUGCUAUCUUAAACUCAAGCUUGUUUUUUCUAUUUUCAUGUAAAUGACUGGGAUGCUGUCCUAUAAACUCUUCCAAGGUCAUGUUUGUGAAAUAAACAUUACAUGAGAGCUUUCCUGUCAUCUACACUAUAUAUGUUGUCUGGAGUGUUGAACAAAUUUGAGUUCCUGAGUUGUAAUCUACCCUCGUAUGGAAUAUACAAUUUUGAAUGUGUGCCACUACAUACUGAGAUGAUAAUGCUGUACAAUUUUAAAUGGUAGCAGUUUCUGUAUGCAGUAGGCUGAAAUAUUUUGAUGAACUGCUUAAUUUUUGGAUUUUAUUUUUUAAGUUGUAUAAUUUAUUUUCUUGCAAAAUAAAAAUGUAAUAUAAAAGCUUUCA